CCUUUCAGUCCGCGCAGCUCCUACAAGUGGCUAAUGGAUGUGACUAAUUAUUUUUCAUUCCAUUUUGAAAAGCAGAAGUAUCCAAACUUGUCUUGAUAGGUUAUUUCUACGGGUCGUCUGUUGUCAGUAGUGCAGUGUGUUGUCGCCUCUUGGAGCCGUCCGGUGGCUCUCCAAACCCCCCAGCUGGACAGAGAUGAGUAGUCCCGAUGCGGGUUACGCCAGCGACGAUCAGACCCAGGCAAGGUGUGCGAUGUCAGUCAUGAUGCCUGGAAUGGGACACUGCCAGUGGGCCGACCCUCUCAGUCCUCUUGGGGACACCAAAGUGAAAAACGAACCGUGCGCGUCCAGCUCCGGCAGCCAGAACCGCGGGAAGAGCGAACCACGGAUUCGGCGGCCGAUGAACGCGUUUAUGGUGUGGGCGAAGGAUGAGCGCAAAAGACUGGCGCAACAAAACCCGGACCUGCACAAUGCGGAGCUGAGCAAAAUGUUGGGGAAAUCAUGGAAAGCCCUUCCUGUCACAGAAAAGCAGCCGUUUGUGGAGGAGGCUGAGCGGCUGCGGGUUCAGCACAUGCAGGAUCACCCCAACUACAAGUACCGGCCCCGGAGACGGAAGCAGGUGAAGAGGAUUAAGAGGCUGGAUUCUGGCUUUCUGGUCCACGGCGUGUCUGACCACCAGGCCCCGUCCAUGCCCGGAGAUGGCCGUGUGUGCGUGGACGGUCUAGGCCUGGGCUAUCACGAGCACAACUUCCAGCUCCCUCCACAGCCGCUGAGCCACUACCGUGAUGCCCAGGCUCUUGGGGGGCCAUCUUAUGAAACCUACAGCCUCCCCACUCCUGACACUUCCCCUCUGGACGCUGUGGAGUCAGACUCCAUGUUCUUCCCUCCUCAUUCUCAGGAGGACUGCCACAUGAUGCCUGCGUAUGCGUAUCACUCCCAGGGGGCUGAGUACCAGCCCCAGGACCCGUUGUCCACCCACCACAACAACCCCAUCCUGCACCGACACCCACCCUCAGCUCCGGAGCAGCCCCCUCAGCCUCCCCUUCCCCCAUCUUACAUGGGAUGCCCCAACCCUCUGGCCAUGUAUUACACCCAACACUGCAGCCCAGGCCACCCCAAACGCCACCCCGGAGGCCACGGGGCAGGGCAGCUCUCCCCACCACCAGACUCCCACCCCCACUCCUCAGCAGACAGCGUGGAGCAGAUGCACCACUCCGAGCUGCUGGCCGAGGUGGACCGCAGCGAGUUCGAGCAGUAUUUGAGCUCCUCCUCCUCGGCGCGUGCGGACAUGACAGGCUUGGCGUACGGGCCACACGAAGCUGGCAUGCAAGGACCUGAAAGCCUCAUAUCAUCGGUGCUGUCAGACGCCAGUACAGCUGUCUAUUACUGUAGCUACAACAACUCCUAGCCUCCUGCCCGCCUGUCACCCUGCCGCAAGGACACAUGAUCUGACCUCAAAUCUCUGUAGCUAAAUUUGAACAACAAAAAAAAUGCUUUUAUUUUUGUAAUUGUUUUUUCACUAGUGACACAGAAGGCCGAUGAGAUUUUACUCACAGCUUUGGAGAAGAUUGAUGUACUGUAUCUGUGUAGAAGAGUUUAAAGCCAUAGAACAUUUACAUACGAACACUGAUUUUACAUCACUCUGUCUUUUCUUGCAGGGAAUUCAUUUGUGAUAAUAAAUAAUGUACAGUCACUAUUUUAAAGUUUAUGUAUAUACUGAAGGUGGGUUUUUUUAUACUUUUGCACUUUUGAAAAAUAAAUUUUUGCAAAUAGA